CCCCCUCCCUCUGUCUUUCAUCUGUCUCUCUCCAUCCCCCCUUGUCUCGCUGUCUUUCUCCUUACACACCUGCUAAUGCACUCUCUUUCCCAUCCAGCUCUUUCCCUAUUGCUCACGGUGCAGCUCUCCAUCCCCUUGUCCCUGGCAGACUCCCUCUUCGGGCGUCUCUUUCACCCUCCUCGUUGCUCCCCUCCUCCCCUGCCCCUCACUUUCUUAUGCUCAUCCAUUCUGCGGUGCUUUUCCUCUGCAAUACUUUGCCUUUCCACCCUCUCUCCUGCCUCCCUGCCUGAUCUCCCCUCAUCUCUCACCCCCACCCAUUAGCUCUGCACCUUCUCCUCUCUCAGGACUUUCUUCCCUUCCAAUAUGCAAGUUUCUUUUGCCUGCACUGAGCAGACACUAAGAAGUAGGACCAGCGAAGAUAGGCUGUGUCCCAGUCGCCCCUCAGGGGGGCAAAAUGGGGUCAGCAUGGCGCAGACCAAACAACGGACACCCCCUAUGGGGGCAAAAAAUCAUAACCAAGUCCUUCCCCUUCUGUCUCAUAUCCUCCGUGAGUCCACCGUCAAGUCUACUGGCAUGAAAUACAGGAAUUUGGGAAAAUCUGGAUUAAGAGUUUCCUGCCUGGGACUGGGUACUUGGGUAACCUUUGGCUCCCAGAUCUCUGAUGAGGUAGCAGAAAACCUAAUGACGGUGGCAUAUGAGCACGGAGUCAAUCUGUUUGAUACGGCAGAGGUUUAUGCUGCUGGAAGAGCAGAGAGGACGCUGGGAAAAAUCCUUAAGAAGAAGGAAUGGAGGCGUUCCAGUUACGUGGUAACCACGAAAAUCUACUGGGGAGGACAAGCAGAAACAGAGAGGGGGCUGUCUCGGAAACACAUCAUUGAAGGUCUCCGUGGGUCUCUUGAACGUCUGCAGCUGGAUUAUGUUGAUAUAGUCUUUGCAAACAGAAUGGAUCCCAACAGUCCAAUGGAAGAAAUUGUUAGAGCCAUGACUUUUGUUAUCAACCAGGGGAUGGCAAUGUACUGGGGGACAUCACGCUGGAGUGCUAUGGAAAUCAUGGAAGCUUAUUCUGUGGCACGCCAGUUCAACCUGAUUCCCCCGGUGUGUGAACAGGCGGAGUAUCACCUCUUCCAGCGUGAAAAGGUCGAGACUCAGUUACCUGAGCUGUAUCACAAGAUAGGGGUUGGAUCCAUGACAUGGUCUCCUCUCGCAUGUGGGCUUAUAACUGGGAAAUACACAGACACUGUUCCAGAAAAAUCACGAGCAUCUUUUAAGGGCUACCACUGGCUGAAGGAGAAAGCCAUAAGCCAAGAGGGCAAAAAGCAGCAUUCAAAGGUAAAAGAACUGCACCCAAUUGCUGAUCGUCUCAACUGCACAGUCACCCAACUCGCUAUUGCUUGGUGUCUGCGCAGUGAAGGGGUGAGCUCUGUACUUCUGGGGGUCUCCAACAUUGAACAGUUACUGGAGAACCUGGGAGCCAUUCAGGUACUGCCUCACCUGACGCCUCAGCUUGUAACUGAAAUUGACCAGAUUCUCGGAAACAAACCAAACUUAAAGAAAGAUUCCCGAGCGUGAGAGCUUGUUCUCCACACUUUGGAACCUCAACAAGUCCCAUUGCAGAUGGGACAAAUCACGCUAGCCUGGUGCAUGGUUCCCCCCUCUGGCAGUGCUGAGAGAGCGGGAGGAGAAACUUUACCAGCAAUAAGGGGGGAAAAUCUGUUCCCUGCUUGUCACUACGGGGUCACACAUGCAUUUUAUCAUGUCACCCUGCAGAGGGAGAGGCAUAACUCAAGAUGACCUGGGACACACUAUAGGGAGGGGCUUUUAGCUCCAUUCACUUAUACCCAGUAAAGGGAGCAUUUGAUUCAUGGCGGCCUUCUAUCUGCACCUGCAGAGGUAGGGACAGACUCUUGACUGCCUUUUAUCUCAUGGAGAGUUCAGAUUCACAUCUUCCUUUAAGGUACAAGUUUCCUUCUGUUAAGGGUGAGGAGUCCACGUGUCAUCAUUUCUUUAUGUUCCUGGCCCACCUGUGGCUACCGUAGCUAAAAUGUGACCUAUUUUACUCCAGCGCGUAUCAAAUACAAGACAUCUCUUUAGAACACAGCUCUAGUCGUCGCUAAUUCUGCAUGUUCUAACCUGAAGCCACAAUCUCUUUGUUGGAUUAAAAGCUAAUAUGCCUGUGAACCAAACCUGGAAUAACCUAAUAACUAUAAAUGCAACUGACUGAC